UGGUGGGAGAAAGAGACUGGAUUCAGGACUCAAUUCUGGCAUCUCGAGCCGGGAAGUCUUUGAGAAAAUCAGCAUUUAGAGAAGACAUAAUUGCAGCAAUUCUUGAAGGAGGCAGCCUUGAAGUUUCAUUUGAUAACUUCCCAUACUAUUUGAGCGAGAGCACAAAAAAUGUGCUGAUUGCAGCUUCUUAUGUACACCUGAAGCACAAGGAUCAAGUUAAAUAUGCUUCUGAGCUUUCAAAUCUAAACCCCAGAAUCUUGCUUUCCGGUCCAGCAGGAUCUGAAAUAUAUCAGGAGAUGCUGGCAAAGGCGCUUGCUCAUUAUUUUGGGGCUAAAUUGUUUAUAUUUGACAGCCAUUCAUUUGUGGGUGGUUCACCUGCCAAGGAACCUGAGCUAUUAAGGGAGGGUUGCAAUGUAGAAGAAGUCUGCGGUAGUAGUAAGCAAGUUGCUGGUUCCUCAGAUUUGGCUAAAGGCAUGGAACUUUCAUCUGUUGAAGCAGAUAUCCCGGAUUCUGCAAAAUUUCUCCUUGGCUCAGACUCGAAGACAAAAAUGGAAACUGACAAUUUACCCACUUCAGGGAAUGCGGCUAAGAAACCCUCAAUUAAACAUGGCGAUAGAGUUAAAUUCGUUGGUCCAGCUUCUGGAGGUUUGCAUUUAACUUCUUCCAGGGGCCCAACUCCUGGAAUGCGAGGAAAGGUACUAUUACCAUUUGAAGACAAUCCCUUUUCGAAAAUUGGUGUAAGAUUCGAUAAAUCCAUACCUGAUGGAGUUGAUUUAGGGGGUCUAUGUGGUGACGGUCAUGGAUUCUUCUGUAACGCCACUGAACUUCGCUUGGAUACCUCGGGGGUGGAGGAUCUAGACAAGUUGCUAAUUGACACAAUGUUUGAGACCGUAUUUGAGGUGAGCAGAGAUUCCCCCUUCAUACUGUUCAUCAAAGAUGCUGAGAAAUCUGUGGCCGGGAAUUCCGAAUUAUAUGUAACAUUUAGAAACAAGCUGGAGAAGAUUCCUGAUAAUGUUGUAAUUAUUGGCUCUUACACGCAGAAUGACAAUCGUAAGGAAAAGUCACAUCCUAGCAGUUUGCUUUUCACCAAAUUUAGCAGCAAUCAUACUGCUUUACUUGACUUGGCUUUCCCUGAUAGUUUGGGGAGACUACAUGACAAAGGAAAGGACGUUCCCAAGGCAACCAAGCUUUUAUCUAAACUUUUCCUCAAUAAAGUGACCAUUCACCCGCCUCAGGAUGAAGCACUUCUAGUUAGUUGGAAGCAGCAAUUGGAACAAGAUGCUGAAACCCUGAAACUGAAAGCAAAUCUCAAUAAUUUAAGAACUGUCCUGAGUCGUCGUGGAAUGGAGUGUGAUGGACUUGAUACUUCGUGCAUUAAAGAUCAGAUACUUACAAAUGAGAGCGCAGAGAAGGUAGUUGGAUGGGCUUUAUGGCAUCAUUUAACGCGGAACCCUGAAACUGAUACAGAUGCCAAGCUUGUUUUAUCUACUGAGAGUAUCCAGUAUGGGAUAGGAAUACUACAAGCAAUCCAGAAUGAAUCCAAAAGUUUGAAGAAAUCUCUCAAGGAUGUUGUGACAGAGAACGAGUUCGAGAAAAGGCUUCUGGCAGAUGUCAUUCCUCCCAGUGAUAUUGGCGUGACAUUUGAUGAUAUUGGAGCACUUGAAAGUGUCAAGGAUACAUUGAAGGAGCUGGUGAUGCUUCCUUUACAGAGACCCGAACUUUUCUGCAAGGGUCAAUUGACUAAGCCCUGCAAGGGUAUACUUUUAUUUGGCCCUCCUGGAACAGGAAAGACCAUGCUUGCAAAGGCUGUUGCCACUGAAGCUGGUGCUAACUUCAUCAAUAUAUCUAUGUCGAGCAUUUCUUCAAAGUGGUUUGGAGAGGGUGAGAAGUAUGUGAAGGCUGUGUUCUCGCUGGCAAGCAAAAUAUCUCCUAGUGUUGUAUUUGUUGAUGAAGUUGAUAGCAUGCUAGGCCGAAGGGAAAGCCCGGGGGAACAUGAAGCCAUGCGCAAAAUGAAAAAUGAAUUCAUGGUGAACUGGGAUGGACUGAGAACAAAAGAUACAGAACGAGUUUUGGUGCUUGCUGCUACAAACAGGCCAUUUGACCUUGACGAGGCUGUAAUAAGGCGGCUUCCGCGUAGAUUGAUGGUCAACUUGCCGGAUGCUGCUAAUAGAGCAAAGAUUUUAAAAGUGAUACUAGCAAAGGAGGACUUGUCUCCUGAUGUUGAUCUGGACUCUGUUGCAAGUAUGACCGAUGGAUAUUCUGGAAGCGACCUGAAGAAUUUGUGCGUUACGGCUGCACAUCGUCCAAUCAGAGAACUUUUGGAAAGGGAAAAGAAGGAGCAAGCUGCUGCCCUUGAAGAUGGUAAACCUCUGCCAGCUUUGAGUGGGAGUGCUGAUAUUAGGCCAUUGAACAUGGAUGACUUCAGAUUUGCUCAUGAGCAAGUUUGUGCAAGUGUUUCGUCAGAGUCUAUAAACAUGACCGAGCUUCUUCAGUGGAAUGAACUAUAUGGCGAAGGAGGCUCUAGACGGAAGAAAUCCCUUAGCUAUUUCAUGUAAAGGUGACGUUCCUCUGUACAAGCAUUUCUCUGUCUUCCUCAGCUCCUUGCUGUUAUGCUGAAGUUUGAGCUAACUGCUGGGCCAUUGGAUGUGCUAUGAGGUUAUCAACUCGUACAAUGAAGCAUAAUUUUUUGAUUUAUAGAUGCAUUCCUGUGAAUUGGAGAUGGUAUGGGGUAGUGUAGCCUCCCAAGGGGUAGAGCAAAUGAGGCUGCUCCUGCCUUCGUUUUGCUUCCCAUCUCUGUUCUGUCAAUUAGGAAAGGAUCGUGUUCAAUUAUAAGUUAUUUAUAGUAAAAAUAUCGGAGAAAAGAAGUACUUACAUUGAAACCCAAACAAGCACCUAAUUCAAUAUAUAUUUGUUUCUACUUUUUAAAUAAUUAUUGGAACGAAUAAGUAGUCAAUUCUGGUUUCCUUUAGCUAGGUUCAUGGUUGUAUGGCUGAAUAAAUGACUUGCAAAAUAACUUAAAUUUCUAUGGAUGAAGUUUUUGGUGUUCUAAAGGACUCUUUGAGCA